CGCGAGCUUGCUUGUACGGACGCGAUGUCGGACUACGACUUCCGUCCAGGAGGCUCACUGAAGCUCAAAGGCGGCGAUGCUAGUAAGAAGAAAAAGAAGCCCAAGACGAAGGAGAGCAUGAAAGACACUUUGCUCAAAGGGAAGGCACGGGAUUCUGCGGUACUGGACGAGCCGGCCGAGGAGGAUGAACCGCCACUCGAGGACUCCUGUCCGAAGGAGGAUAACAAGACCGAGGCUGAGCGUCGGUUCGAGGACCGACAGCGGAGGAUGUUGGAACGCAAGGUACAGCAGAUGGCCAAGAAGACGCACAAAGACCGGGUGCACGAGUUCAAUGCCAAGCUCGAGACGCUCAGUGAGCACCACGAUAUCCCCAAGUAUCUGAUAACCAUGGACAACUUCAUCAACCUCGCUAAGCAGGGCUACCAGGCGUAUGAGUCCUCUCAGAACCAAGGCAACCAAGGCAACCAGGGGAACAACCAGAACCAAGGCCAGAACCAGAACCAGAAUCAGGGGUACCAGCAGCAGCAGGACGACCAGCAAUAUCAGCAGGGUGGUCAGCAGCAGCAGGGCGGGGACCAACAGUUCAGCGCUCCUGGGGGUGCGCAGUAUAAUGGUCCUCAUGACCAGAACCAGCCGUCGGUGCAGAUCGACCACCAGGAGGCCGUCCAGCAAGCGUCCAACUUCGCGGGCAACAGCGGCGACAGCUCCCUCUUCGGCCAAGCGAUGCAUUUCGUUCAGUCCAACACGGCGCAGCACAACCAGCCGAUCGACGAGCAGGCUGUCCAGCAGGCGCAUGACCAGGCUUACAACCAGGGUAACGCCAGUGGGCUGAGUGCUGGUGGGCUUGGGGGUGCGGCGGCGAUGCAGAUCUUGAAGCAGGUCACUUCUGGCGGUGGAGGGUCGGGGGGAGGCCCGACCCAGCUUAUCUCCAUGGCCAUGUCCGAGGCAUCUAAGCUCUGGGAGCAGUCUGGUGGUGCAUCUGGCGGGUCUAAGCAGGACGCUGUCAACUCUGCUGGUAUGACGAUCAUGAAGCUGCUUGUUCAGUCCAAGUUCUCUGGCAUGAUCGGCGGCGGUAACUCCGGCGGACUUAGCGGCUUGAUGGGGAUGGCGUCCCAGUUCAUCUAGAUCGACAUGUAACGUUGUUGUGCAAGUACGAUGUAAAGAAUCAAAGUGAAUGGAAUGAAUAGGUGCAUAUGC